CUUUAUAAAACUGGCAAUUCUCAUUCUCAAACACUUGUCAAACAUGACACAAAAUAUUAUUGUUGCAGUCAGCACGUGUGAAUGUUUUUGUUAGUCCAAGAUGACAUUACAUUUCAAAGAAUUUGAUAAAAAUUCAUCAGAUGAAGAUGAUUCCUCAAGUUACGAUGAUUCCAGCGAAGAUGAAGCUUUGUCUGGCAAUAAUGGUUCUGAUGGUAAUGAUAUGAGUGAAGACGAAGUUGAGGAACAAGAAGAUCAAAUCGAAGACGAUGAUGAUGAUGCAGAUGAUGACGAUGUAGUUAAAGCUAUUAAAGCAGAAAAAAAUAAACAACGCGACCAUCCUCCAGCUAUAUCAUGUGAAGAUUUCAUUGUUGAUAUAUCACUGCAUCCUUCUAAGAAUUUGAUUGCAAUAGCUAAUAUAGUUGGAGAUGUUUUGCUGUAUGAAUACAAUAAUGAAGAGACAAAACUUGUUAAUACAUUAGAAUUACACUUAAAAGCAUGCAGAGAUGUGGAAUUUGAUGACGAAGGGAGCACGUUAUACUCAACAGCCAAAGAUAAAGUUAUUAUGGCUGUUGAUGUUGAGACUGGAAAGCUGAAGAAAUGUUAUGAAAAUGCACAUGAUGAGCCUGUGUACAGAUUAUUAAACCUAGGCAAUAAUAAAAUUAUAACUGGUGAUGAUGGGGGAACUGUUAAACUGUGGGACCUAAGAAAGCCAGAUCCAGUGUUUACUUUAAAAAUUGGUGAAGAACAUGUUGCAGACUUGAUAACCAAUGAUGCUCAGAAAUACUUAGUAUGUGCUGGAGGAGAUGGUGUUCUAACUUCUAUAGAUCUUAAAGCAAGCAAAAUUUAUACCACAUCUGAAGAAUAUGAUGCAGAGAUAACCUGCUUAGGUCUGUUUAGAUCUGAUACUAAACUACUUGCAGCUUCAUCAAGAGGAAAGUUCUACUUAUUCAAUUGGAAGGAGUUUGGUUUUCAUAGUGAUGAAUAUGUUGGACAAAAGCAUGCUGUUCAAUGCAUGGUCCCUAUUACACAGAAUAUUGUGGUGACUUCAGGUGAAGAUGGCAUAUUGAGAGCUGCUCAUAUGUUCCCUCAACGCCAGUUAGGUGUAGUGGGUCAACACAGGCUACCUGUCGAACAUCUCGACAUAAGUCAUGAUGGGCAGUUUAUUGCUUCAUGCUCACAUGAUAAUGAUGUCAAGUUUUGGAAUAUAUCAUAUUUUGAAACAAUUGAUUCAAUUAUAGAUGUUAAUCACAAACAGAACAAAAAACGGGACUUGAGCAAUAACUUGCCAUCAAGUAGUCUAAAAAAUGCAUCAGAUUUUUUCUCUGGAUUGGUUUAAUAAACAUUUGUUGGUA